ACGGAAGAGUUUAAGUGACGGACAAGAUGGACGUCAAACAUGAGAUAUCGUUAACUCGGUGAAAAAAUAACGUUGGUUUUAGUUUGAUUUAUCCCCCAAAUGAGAGAAGAAUCAAUUUAAAAUGAAAUAUAUGUUUAUUUUCUUAAAUAUUAGCUGUUGUUAACGCCACUGACUGUGACUCCGAGGCUGUUUGGAAGUAUUAUGGCCCAGAAAUCACCUGAAAGUCUCACCUGUGAUCAGAGUUUGUCCUCUCAGGAGGACCGAGAGGGACCAGAAGAAGGAUUAUCUCCACCGUGUGAUCCCGGACAGACUAAAACCUCCUCUGUUAGAGUUUUAACCAAAGAGGAGGUGGACAGACUGAGCUGUGAGCGGGUCCUGGUGUCCGGGUUCAAACAGAUGAAACUGGAGAAGGACUGUCAGAAAAACUGGGAUUUAUUUUAUAAAAGAAACUCCACGAAGUUCUUUAAGGACAGACACUGGACCACCAGGGAGUUUGAAGAGCUUAGAGCAUGUAGAGAGGUGAGAGAAACUGUCCAAACUUUCAUCUAAAUGAGGAAAAUGAAAAAUACUGACCUUAUUCUCAACAUGCAGCUAUCAAACCCACCCAAACCUACUUUACCCUCCACCACUAAAAUCAGCCUGUGAACACGAGUCUGUAGGAAAAAACAGGUUUUGGAUCAGGGAGACAAAUCUGUCUUCAAAGAUGUCAAAGGAAAUGCUGAAGAUACGCAGAGACCCAUGAUACUCAGACAAACAACAUCAGGAAAAUCUCCUAAAAACAUGUUUGAUCACCGGAGUGAAAAUCACCCGGCGUUAGUCUUCGAGGGCUGAAGAGUCUGAAGCCUCUUUAAAAGUCACGGUUUUGUUGUUUCAGAUCAGGACCUGGUCUAGUGGUGUCCAGCCAGGCUGUUUUAGAUCUGGACCUUGUUUCCUCACCCCUUUAAUAGUAUGUUUCCGCACAGCAAUGAAAAUGUCUUUUUUUUAGAUGUUUCUGAUCUAAAUGUAGCAGGUUAGACAGCUUAGUCAUAAUUCUGUUAAAACACCACCGUUAGAUUUAAUUAUGUCCCUUAUGAGACCACUUCAUCCCUGGAAAGAUGUUAAAAAAGUGAAAUAAAGGAGCUGAUUUAGCUGAAGAUGUCAGGUACAGCUUUGUAGAAAGUAAAUCAUUCAGAUAAAUCUGACCUGCACAUGGAUCUGUGCAGAUUCAUGGUUGUUACUCUGACAUCUGAGCCUCUCUUGUUUCUUCUUUUUUUGUCCUCCCUGGUUUUCAGUUUGAGUCGCAGAAGCUGGUGCUGCUGGAGGCCGGCUGUGGAGUCGGAAACUGUAUCUUCCCUCUGCUGGAGGACGAUCUCAACAUCUUUGUUUAUGCCUGUGACUUUUCACCACGAGCCGUCGAGUUUGUCAAAGUAAGACACCCAUCCAUCCACUGCACAGUAUAAAUAUACUACAAAUAAAUACAUGAGCAGAAAACUGACUCAGGGUGACUUUUUAUCAUUUUCCUUGUUACCUCAAAUGAUGUCUGAGGUUAAAACCGGUUGUAAAGGAACAUUUUUGAGUGACAGUGAGUAUGAAGGAGGUCAGAAAUCUCUUGUAAUAAGAUGUAAAAAACCUCUCUUCUCUUUUAAAGCUGAACCCUCUGUACUGCCCUGAACGCUGCAGCGCCUUCCAGUGUGACCUGACCAAAGACGACCUGAGAGAAAAUGUUCCCGAAGGCGGCGUGGACGUCAUCACUCUCAUCUUCGUCCUGUCUGCCAUCCACCCUGACAAGAUGAAGCUGGCUCUGCAGAACAUCAGCAGGGUAAAGAGAGACGUGAUAAACUAGAAACUUUCUAAAUGAGUAAAAAGAGACUUUUUCUGAUUGAUAAAUUUGAAUCAAAUACAUGCAGUCCUUUACACAGGUGAUGAAUCACAGGUAAUGUAUGAAAUACUCAUUUCAAACACUUUAUCUUAACGUGUUUUUUAGGUGCUGAAGCCCGGAGGAAUCGUCCUGUUCAGGGAUUACGGCCUCUACGAUCACGCCAUGCUGCGGUUUAAAGCCGGCAGCAAACUCGGGGAAAACUUCUACGUCCGCCAAGACGGUACCAGGUCCUACUUCUUCUCCAAAGGUCAGUGACGUUUGUUUUUGAUGGUUUUGUGUCAUCAAGAUGAUUCAGACAAGAGAUGGAAAACUACACCAUACCGUUAAGAGAGCAGGUUGAUAUUUAGAUAUAAGAUGGAAAUAUUUCCCGAAUGUGGAAGUUGAAUUUGUGUUUCUGUCUAACACAGUUUAUUCAGUGUAGAAAUACACAGAAUUUAAAUCUUUCAUAUCAGGUGCAGGGACAUGUUUGUGUAUAUAUGUAUUUAUUUAUUUCCCUUUUCUUUCCCUUUCCUUUUAUUUAUUUAUUUAUUUUUUUUAUUUUAAUUUUUUUAUUUUUUUAUUUUUUUUAUUUUUUAUUAUUAUUAUUAUUUUUUUUACUGAGUUCUGCUUAUUCAUCUGUUUCCACUUGCUCAGACCUUACUGAUGUAUGCAAUGCUGUAUUGUUGUUAUGUUCUAAAAAUGGAAUAAAAUCUGAUUAUUAAAAAAAAAAGAAAGAAAUACACAGAAUUUUAUUGUUUUCACAAAAAGCUUCAAAAAUAAAGAGGAUUCAGAAAAUACUUGUUUUUCUCAACCCAAAAUAAGGCGUAACAUUAAUGAAUUAUGCAGUUACAUAAUUAUUUAGAAACAUUUUAGAUGUUUUAGACAAAAGUAGAUGAUUUGCGACGGCCUGAAGGAUCUUCAUGAGGAGGAAUGUGCUGCAAAUGCUCCAACGAUGCAAAUUCAGAAACACGCAAAAGUCAGAAACAAAUGCAACAACAGAAAUACUCUGUGAAUGCAAAAGAAAGUGCAGCAAAAACCUAAAACAAAUACACAACUGAUGUAAAGGCAAAAACUCACUGAAGCAGGAAAAGUAAGAAAAAAGUUAAAGCUGCAGACGGCUGAGAAGAGGUCAGUGUCUGAGAGAAAGUUUAAAACAUGAGGUCAUCCGGUUGGAGGCCUGAUCUGAAGUUUCUGCUCUUCCUCUCUGCUUUCAGAGCUGCUGGCCGAGCUCUUCCAGGAUUCGGGUCUUCAGUGCGUCAGUAACGACUACGUCCUGAGAGAGACGGUGAAUAAAAAAGAGGGGCUGUGUGUCCCCAGAGUCUUCCUGCAGAGCAAAUUUACCAAAGCCAGCAGAGCUUCUGAUGACUCUUUACACGAGGACACAUGAGACUGAACUCUCACUGAGGGGGUUUGAUAAUAUCCCCCCUUCCCUGGGACCUUCAUCUGUCUCUGCUUCUUCAGACACAGAUAUGGACACGACUCUGAACUGAGGUAAAGGAGCGCAUGUUCACGGUGAGCAUAAAAACACAGACUGGAGCUUUUAAAGGAGUAAAUCUGUCACUGAUUUUAGUUCUUUUAUAUCCACAUCAAUAAACUCUGAGUUUAUAUUUCAACAUUUUCAACCUGUCUCAUCAAUCAGUACUGUUCCUGGUCCUGCUGUGCUGACCACACCCUCUAACGAAAACUCAGUUUUAUAAUUGAAGUGUGAAAUAAACAUUGAUGAAGUAAACUCUGCUCAGACUUCCUCUCAGGGAGUUUAAAGUCCCCUAACAGUGUCACACAGAAGCACAAAAACCUGUGGUUUUUCUCCUCACACCGAGCACGCCGCCUUAAACAUGAUUGUGAAACUUUGCGCUCGUCUUGUACCGUCGAAGUAGGCAGAUGUAGUUUCCUGUGUUGUGGUUUAGCCCACCGCUGUAAUGGUUCGAAACAAGAUGAUGUUAAAUUAGAACAACUGAGACACAGGCAUGUUCUUAUGAGCACCGAGUUAUGACCUCAGUUUAAAAAUAUGAAUCAUAUUUUUAAUGUCAGACUGUUCCCUGUUUCCUUUAUUCCAAAAGUCUUAAAAAAGAUGAAAUUUUCCACAUAAACACACAUGCAAAGAAAACCUCUGAAGGAAGACGAAGUGAUUCUCUUUCAUAGUUUACGCCGACUCUCCUCGACCCUGAAUCAGGCUUGGCUGAACGUUUGCAUUCUAGUUUUUUAAACAAACACGAGCCAGGGGUCCAAGUUUGGUCCCAUUAAAUUUAUUAUUUAUAUCAGUAACUUUUGUGAUAAUGUCACAAAUGCAGAGUUUUGCUUGUGUGCAGAUGAUUCAGUCAUAUAUAUAUAUAUAACCUCGUCGUCUUCUGUUUUUACUGUUGUCCAGAUGAAGCUUUGUAAAUGACGGCUGGUUUUAAAUGCCAGUAAGACUAAAAUGAUGUACUUCUCGUAGUCUAACCCCAAAUUUCCAUCGCAUGCAGAACAGUGACGAUUUGUGCUGUCCGCCAAUUUUCUACAGGAUGCGUUUGUGAGGCAAAUUUCAUACAGCAGGAAUAGCGGCAACUCACAAGAACCCACGAAUUCACAUGCAAUCUCGCGAUAACGAGUUGUAUCUAUAAAGACAGCCACAUAGACAUAUAAGAAGUAGAUUGUGUCCUUCGGGAGGAGGAAAUCUACUUUGUCCAGACCAGUAGACACUUGUGUGGAAAUUGACCAUGGGUAAGAGCAAUAUUUAUCUUUAUCUACGAAACAAACCACAUUUGCAUGGUGUGAAAUACGAUCCGCCUGAAACAUAUAGUCUUUUAUUUUGGAAAGAAGCAGGAUGUUUUAUUUUGUGUCAGUGCCUGACUUCUCUUCCAGCACGGGUUAAUCUGUGCUGAAUUUAUGCGCCAUGCUGCAGCGUCCGGAAAAAAUAAAACUCUGAUGAGAAGGAAAUUUGGGGUAAGAUGAACGUCUUUCAGAACAGAAAACAGGAACAUAUUUUCCUCCUUCCAAACUUUUAAUCUGCAGAGUAAAUUCAACAGAGAAGUCAGAACACAAAGUUCAACAUAGCAGAGAAGAGAAAUGUUUGAAACUUGAUUUAAACUUUAAUAUUUCAUUUAAAAAAAGAGAGAAAUUUGUGAACAGGUGCAGCUCAGCCUGACGAUCAAUCUGUGAAGAAGCAAACAGAAAAACAAACAGAGCAUCAGGAAACAGUGAGUCUAAAUCUGAAGUCUAAACCUUCAUUUGGACCCGAUCACAGCUCUCACCUUUCACGAUGAUCUCACUGAAACGACCCACGGCACUUUCUGCACCCCCACAUCUCGCCACGCACUGAUACCGUCCGCUGUCCUCUUCGGUCAGGUCGAGGAUCUCCGUCUCCACCUGUCUGUGCCUCACAUCGCCGUCAGAGAGCGUCUCGCUCACCGUGGUCAGGUACUUCUUGGGGUCGGUCAGCUCAACACCUGCUGCCGCGCCCACUUCAGCGCCCCCUUCGGCUCGCCAAGUGACGUGCAGCAGGCGGCAGAGUUGGUAGUUGUAAACGGCCAAACAGGAGAGACUGACGGAGGAGCCUCUGGCAGCAGCAAUCGUCUGAGCUUUGGAGCGUAAGGUGACUGGAAGAAAGGAGGAAAUGUAAAAUCGAAAGAGUUCUGGUAAAGAAAAGGAGUAAAGAGCGCACGCACACACCAGUGUUUCAGGGAUUAAAGAGUAAAAAACAACCUCCAACAGGAACAAAUCCACCUUCUAGCUCCUCUUACAGUCACAUAUCUGUAUGUGAUAUAUCUCUCUUCUCUCUGAUUCCUCUGGACUGUUGCUGUUACUGUUACUGCAGACAUGAACAUCAGCCUCACUGUCAUUAUUGACAUACAAAAUAGAACUGACUACGAUUAAGCCUGCUAACUGUAAUCACACUCAAUUAAUUCAACAUUGUCCAUUAUCACUCAUAUCCUAAACCUGUAAACUGAACUUCUUUUUGUUUCACCAUUACAUGAGCUGUUGUUGUUGUUGCUGUUGUUCCUGCUGCCUCCUGUCUCUCUCUCACCCUCGUUCCCUACUCUCUCUCCCUCCCCCUCCCUCUCCAUACUCAUUCUCUCUCGCCUUUCCCCUAUCUUGUUGUCUCUCUCCCUCCCCCUGUCCUCUCCCCCUCUCCCCUCUUCUCUCUACAUUCCUCCCCAACCCAGCAGCGGCAUGGUGGCUGUCUAGCAUGAGUCUGGUCCUGCCCAAGGUUUCUGCCUGUUAAAAGGAAGUUUUUCCUCGCCACUGUAACUCAUGUUAGUUGAGAUGGGCCAAAACCAUCUUAGGUUGGUUCUUGAUCAUCAAACAAUGAGCGUGGUCCAGACCUGCUCUUGUUCCUUGAAAAGCGUCUUGAGAUGACGACUGUUGUGAAUUGGCGCUAUAUAAAUAAAAUUUGAUUGAUUGAUUGAUUGA